AAGCAAAACGGGUUUUAUGUGUAAUGUUUAUUAACAAUGAUACGAAAAAAAGGUUUUUUGGGAUUUAAUUUAAAAAAGGUUUUUUUGGGUUAAGGAAGCUUUGGCGUUGGCCGGAGGCUUUGCGGAGCACACUUUGAGUAACGCUCAUAGAUAAAGCCGAGUAAUGCUGAUCUAAUUAACUGCUAUGCAAGCCAUACAAGUGGAACUGAAAAUCACAGUCAUAGCGUACAAAAAAACUACCUAACCUAACAGUGUCACUGAAAUUUCUCGAUUGCUGUCAGUAGAAUGCCACAUUCAUCAGAUCAAAGUUGAUUCUUUACAAACUCAAAAGCCUUAAUGUAACUCUUCGAGAAUAUUCGAUAACUUUCCACUAUCGACCAUCGGCUUCCAUUCCUUUACAUUUAGAAGAUCAAGCGGUCGAUAAUUCGCUCUCCUUCUGGAAUUUCGAACGCAGCUUAUAAAAGGCCUGAAUCGAGGAAUGCUGCAUCAGUUAUUUUAUACAUCGCCACAGUUACAUUGUAGCAGAGUGCAAAAAGUGUUAAUAGAAGUACUGCAAUUGUUAGUAAACAGUGAGAAAGUAUAGUUUUUGUGAGCAUUCAGUGUCACUUAUUGCGGUUAGUUAGCAAACUGCACAGUGUGAAGUGAAUGAAAAACUGUAAAAAGAUGGUUUCCAAUCAUUCAUGCUACGUGUCUGAAAGCACAACAGACGAAGAAACGGGGGACAUGGAAUAUGCGCCAAACAGUCGGCAAAACAAAUUGCCAAGGAAGCCCACAAGAACCCCAAAAUGCUUCUCGAAAAACGCUCUCAUGGCCAGAGAGAAUCGGCUCAAGAAGAAGAUGUACAUCACAACGCUUGAGAGCCAAGUUGCUUCGCUGAGUGCCGACAACAAAAAGAUGACCCAGCUACAUCAAAACCAAUCGGUUCUCGUUAAGGAACUGAAAAAUGAAGUGAAGUACUUGAAAAGCGUUCUGAGCAAUAGUGAGCACAUUGGAAAGUUGAUUCGAGCCAUCAACUUCAGCACAGGAAUCCCCAUCAAAUCUUCGAUCGACAGGCGAGCAAGUCCGAGCAGUCGGGACGCAGUAAACAAGAGCCCCAUCGCGCAGAAAAUCGUUCCAAACGGAGAAUUGCCACAGGAAAUAAGGCCCGAGACUGCUUGUGUCGGCUACGAUUUCACAAGGCAUCCAUGGGAUGAGACUGAAAAACUUUCACAAAAUAAUAUAAACUUUCCAACUCCCGAAUCAACCAGCUCUUAUUACGACAAUUCUGAUAUCGACGAGCUGAAGAAAAGUCUUCUAUUGGAUAUCGAUGUUCCUUCAAACAUGGAUGUCUUCUUCGAUGAUAUAAUCCAAGAAGAUCUUUUAGAGGUUCCGGAAAAAAGCUCUAGCUCUGGUACGAGCGCCGAUCUCACAAUAAACUUGCAAGAAGAGGAGGAUGUGGGAGUAUGUCUGCAUGUGUCGAAAAAUAAAGUAUCAUUGGAAUUUUGCCCUUCAUGCAGUGAUAGUGCAUUGCAUACUCAACAAACCACAUGAACUGUUCCUAGGGGUAAACAUGUCUGUAUCAAUCCAGUACAGUAGUUGUAAAACUAUGCAUUUUAAUCACGGUAUUUCAUUUUAAUUUUAAUGACUGAAGGUCUAGAGCAUAGCUGAUUCUUAUGGCUUCUGGUAAAGUUAGAAUCAGUAGGCAAAAUUUGUUUAGUUCAUGCCGUACUUGUGUGAUCUUUUCAUUUUUAGGACUUGAAGAAGCCCAGUUUAUUUGUUGGAAGUUGUAAAAUGAUGGCUUUUGUUUAUUGAGUGAAGAGAUGAAAAGAUAUUUCGGAGGCACUUGAAAAACAGUUUGUCCUCCCCUAUACCUGCUUCACUUCAUUCUUUACGCAGGUUUGGUAUAUUUAUAUUAUUACAAAUAAUGGUGUGUUGCCCUGAGACCGUUUGUUCAAUCACUUGGCUUGGCUGUCCAUAAGCAUACUUCCUACUAGUUUUUAGUUAUUAUAUUAAACGUUUACGAGGGCUCUCUCUCCCGUAUCUGUGAUAUUUUUGCAAAAGUGCAUGAUUUUUCGUAAUCCUCUCCCCAGACCUUAGUUUAGAUUUUCGCUUUUUAUAUUUUCCGCUAUCAUACUACAGAUCUCAUCAGAGUCUGUGAUAUUUUUAUAAAAACUUUCUAAUGCAUGAUUGUUUCUUUGGCUGCACUACAUGGGUUGAUUGUCGCUUAUAUACCCCCUGUCCUUUAUUACUUGCGCUUUAUUAAACUUCACAAUUACAGCUAUUAGUAUAAAUGUAUAAAUCAUCUCAGUUUGAAGUUUCAGCUCGAUGCUCUUAUUUAUUAUCGGGAUGCAUUGGAUAUGAUACCCCUAUGGAGCCACAUUGCAAGUCUCUAAAUCAUGCUAAAUAACGUCACUCGCAAAAUAAUUAUAUUAGUUUUGAUUCUGCGUUAUAUUGCCAUAAUUUCAGAGAUUACCUAAAAGUGCAGCCAUGCUUUAGCGAAAAAGACUGCGUUUUGAGGCUUGUGUUACUAAGUUGAUUAAAGAGUCUGUUGUGUCAAGGAUAUUAGCUUGUUGUUACUUUUAGAAGUAGCUAUUUAAAAUAAAAUAUAAUUUUUGCACAGUUUUGUUUUUGAUUAUCAGUUUCCAUGGUGAGUUGCGGACAUUUUGGCGAAUGCGAGUAGUACCCAGUGUGCAGAACAUUUUAAAACAUCUAUUAAUAAUUCCUUUCCAUAGCUGGAAUCAGCUCCUACUUAGACUUCUGAUUUUGUCGAGCUUAAGAUCUAUUGGAUAUCGAGUUUGCCAAAAAGAUGAACUUUGCGUAUUAUUGCGCGGAAGUCUUCUGUAUUCUGGCUUUGUUUCUUGCAAAAUAUCUGUGGAGGAAAAGUAGAAAAUGUGCUGCGGAGGGUCUUCAGGGCCCGAAAAGGCUUCCACUGUUGGGGAAUGCCUUGACCGUUUGGUGCAAGGACGAAGAUAUUUUCGAAAAUCUGGUGGAAUGCUUCAGCAAGUAUCCGAGCCCGAUGCGAUUCGACAUUUUUCAGCAUCUUUUCAUUAUUUUCAGAGAACCCGUCCAAGUUGAGAAAAUAUUCUCAACUUCUGCACUGACCGCCAAAGACGAUAUUUACAAAUUUAUCAAAUACUUUGAUGGCGAAGGACUGAUCUCCGGUUCAGGAGCCAAAUGGAAGAAGGACAAGCGACUGCUUUCGCCACUUUUUCUCAAAAGAAACAUCGUCCAGUACUUUGGAGUGAUGUUGAAUCACGCGCAAAUUUUAGCGGGGAUUUUGGAACAAGAAGCCGAUCGGCCCGCUUUCGAUAUUCAACAUUAUCUUCAUCGAGCCGUUGCCGACAUUGUAAAUGAAACAAUCAUUGGUGUUCAAACAAAUGCGCAAUGUGGAGAACUGGACGACUUUCUCAGCUGCAUCGGCAGAGGAUACCAGCUGGUGCAUGAGAGAAUGGUCAAACCAUGGUUGCAAGUGGAGUUUCUCUUCAGAUUAACUCCCAAAUACAAAGAGCUUACUCGAACUCGACAAGUAAUUCAUGGAUUUUUUCGGAAGGUUUUGCGCCAAGUGAAAAAGAGCCAUUCGCAUUUGGGCCCAAAGGAAAUCGCCUGCCGCACAAUCUUGGAGCAAAUGCUGGACAUCAGGGACGAAGUGCCGGACUUUUCCACCGACGAAGAACUGAUUCAUCAUAUGACCACCUUUUAUUCGGCAAGUGAAGAUACAGCGACCUCGAUUUGCUCUUUCGCUCUAGUGAUGAUGGGAAUGUACCCGGAAUACCAAAAGCGGGUAGUUGAAGAAAUGCAUAGUGUGAUUGGGUGCGAAGAACUGCGCGAAGAACACUUGCAGCGAUUGGACGAGUUGCAGAUGGUUCUCAAGGAGACUUUGCGUCUGUUCCCGAUCGCCCCCCUUUUGUUGCGCAAAGUUAGCCAGAACAUCGAAAUAGAUGGAUUCAAUAUCCCUGCCGGAACUUCAUUGGUGGUUUCCAUCCAAAACAUUCACAGAGAUCCGAGAUUCUGGGCAAAACCAAACGACUUCUACCCGGAGCACUUUUUGCCGGAAGCCGUGAAGAAACGGCAUCCUUAUGCCUACCUGCCGUUCAGCGCUGGAGCCCGGGGCUGUAUUGGCAAACCCUAUGCUUACAUGAUAAUGAAGACACUGCUGGUUACAAUCCUGCGAAAAUACAGCGUGGAAGCGGUUGGGAGCUUGCAGGAUAAACCAAUCACUGCGGAUAUAAGUGUGCGAUUUAAAGACCAUAGUUAUGCAGUUCGAAUUAUGAAAAGAGUUUAGAAAGUUUCCGCGCUGUAGAAGUAAGUUCUUGUAACAAAUAGUUUUUUAAACCAAAAUCUAAUUGUUUAGGUAAGGUUUCAUAUUAGAAUCAAACCAACAAUCACCGAUUGAUUACAAAAACAUGAAAAACAAACACA